AUGUCCUUCGCCCCGCCUCCAGGUCCCCCGCCUCCGCCAGUUCCGCCAGGUUGGAAGGCUCAGUUUGACGAUCGAUACAAACAAUGGUACUUCGUCAAUCUGAAGACUGGUGUUUCUCAAUGGACAGUUCCCGAGGAACCAGGUGACGCACCAGCAGAUGCGCCGCCUUCAUACCAUGAUUCAGGCCCAGCUAACCCCGCUGUUGCUGCUGCUGCAGGCGACGAUAAGUCGCGCCUGGCCUCCAACAACCCUUACAAUCACCCGAGAGGCAGCAACAUCGACGAUGACGCCAAGCUAGCUGCUCAGCUACAAGCCGAAGAAGACGCCCGCGCCAAUCGCAACAACGGCGGAACUUCGCGUGGCGAAAAUGUAGACUAUUACAAUUCACAGCCCUCCCCUUCGCCAGGAUCGCCACAGGCACAUGUGUCUGGCGGAUCUCAGACUAACGCGCCACCCGCUGACCAACGACAGCGUGGUCUUUUAGGGAAAAUCUUCGGAAAGUCGAACGAUCGGCCUGGUGGUCAGCAACCUGGAUAUGGGUAUCAGCAGAAUCAGCAGCAGUAUCCGCCGCAACAAGGGUAUGGAUAUGGCGGUCCUCCUCAACCGCAGUACGGCGGCUAUCCCCCGCAAGGUGGCUAUUAUCCACCCAACCCUGGAUAUGGGGGUGGUUACGGCUAUCCUCCUCAGCAGCAGCCCGUAAUUAUUCAGCAACAGCCUGCCAGGAGCAGUGGAGGAGGAUUGGGUACAAUGGGUGGUGCUGCGUUAGGUCUGGGAGGUGGCCUUCUCGCUGGCGCCUUGAUUACAGAUGCAGUUGAGGACCAUGACCAAAAUGAGUAUGAUCAAGGGUAUGAUCAAGGGUAUGAUGAUGGCGGUGGUGACUUUUAG